GGCACUGGAAACGCGUCUCCCCAGCACUGCUCGGUCCGUUGCCACACACAGUUCUGGGAAAACAGCCUGAGCCUCUCUUCUUGUAAAUGGAACUUGCAAAGCUGAUGUGUUCUUUCUUCUCUGGCAGCCGGCCUCCGUGAUGCCCAUCUGAGGAGAGCGAGAUGAGUUGGAACGGCAGGAUGAGGUCGGAGCUGUCCUUGCCUCUGCUGGGCCUCCUGCUCUGUGUGGUUGGCACAGCAGCUCAGCAGGAUGAGACCGAAGCACAGGGGGACUUCGUGGUGGAGAUUUCUGGAACCACGGUGACAAUCACAUGUCCCUUGACUGACGAGAGCAUAACCUGGCAGGUAACUGGGAUAAAGGCAGACACCAAGGAGAGGAAGUACGUUAUAGAGGACCACAACAGCUCUCCUACCAACAUCAGUUGCUCCUCUGGUAAUAGGAAGCAUGAAAUGUACCUGAAUGCCAGAGUGUGUGCAAACUGUGAGGAGCUGGAUACCUUGGCAGUGACAGGGAUCAUCACUGCAGAUCUUCUCAUCACCUUUGGGGUGCUGAUUCUGGUCUAUUACUUCAGCAAAGACAGGAAGGGGAGAGCGAGCAGUAGCACCGGCAGCCGGCCACGAGGUCAGAAGAUGCAGCGUCCUCCCCCGGUUCCAAACCCAGACUAUGAGCCCAUCCGGAAAGGCCAGCGGGAGGUCUAUGCAGGCCUGGAGUCCAGGGGCUUCUGAAGUUGCCAGGCUGGCAAAUGGGCACAGAGGGGCUCAGUGCUUCUGCUCACCUCCAUCCUGGGUCUCUGGAGGCCUGCUGAGGCCCAGCCUUCUGGGGUAAGGCAGGAGGCUUCACAGGACAGGCACCCUCUGCCAUCCCUGUCCCACCCUGAGGCCUUCCUUCGGCCUUCAGAUGGACUUCAGGGAAAAGAAACAAGCAAGCACAUUGUUAAGAGAAGUUUUCCUUCUCAUUAAAGGGCUGCAGCCUCACUCGUA